AUGGGUUGUGCUUAAAGUAGAUAAAAUGAGAAAUCCAACAUGAUCUCAUGUGAAAUUAAAUAUCUUUUACCAGAAUUGGUCUAGGCAAUCAAAUUAGGAUAACAAUGUCUUUACACUGAAGAGUCUCCAAUUAAAGUAUGUUUUAUAGUAAAUAUCACCAUAGUUGACUCCCAUAAAGGAGAUAGAAGGAAUUUAUUGUAAAUUGGAGAGUCUCUUACCAUCUGGCUCUGUCAAAAUGAGAGCCAUGUAUCAUAUGUUGUAUAGGUUGCAGCAAAAAAAACGGCAUAAAGGAAUAGAAUAAUUGAAUCUCGUUAUUUGUUCUUCUGGAAAUGCUGCUAUGGCUUGCAUAGAGUGUCUUAAAUUAAUGAAAUAAGAAAAGAAAUAGGAAUUAUAGGCCGAAUAAACAGUUAGCGAAUUUCUUUAAGACGAUACACCAACUGACCCAGGAUAAUCAGCUCUCAUUAAGGAUUAGUAAUUAUCAUCUAAAAUAAAACCAUAUGAAUUACUUGGAUAAGUUUUUAUAUUUUGUAAGCAUUUAAAUGAGUUGCAUCAUUUUUAUGAUUUACCGAAUGUUAAAGUCAUCAAUUCUCAAUUAAAUAGAUCAGAAACCGAAAUUGAAGCAUUUAAAUAUGCUGAAGAUAAUGGCUACGACUAUCUAGAUCUAUAUAACGAUGUAGAUGUUUUCGGAGGUUACGCAACGAUUGGAUUUGAAAUUGAUUAAUGGCAAGUUCUAACAAAAACUAAAAUUGACUAUGUCUUCGUAACCUUAAAGGGUGGAGCCUUAAUUGCAGCCAUUGCGUUUUACUUAAAAUACAUAGCCAAAAAUUAACUCAAAGUAAUUGGUGUUAUGUUAUAUGGUUCCAGCAGAAAAGAAUCGACCUUAUGUUCUCAAAUUAUUGAAGGAUUUAUCGAUGAAAUCAUGUUUGUUACUACUUAUGAAGUCGAAAAAGCGUAAUGCGAAUUAGCAAAAGCAGAAGAAAUUGCAGAAUUCAAUUCUGCUAUCGCUUAUGCUGGAUGCAAAAAAACAUAAUAUAAAAAUAGUCUUGUCGUUCUCUCAGGAAGCAACGUCCCAGUGAGUGAUUUAUCUAAACUCAUAUCUAAAUACGAAUGA